AAUGGUGGUGUUCCUCUGGGGGUAGCUGCUUAUCAAGGACACACUGAGACAGUUCAGAGGCUGUUGGAGGCAGGAGCCAACGUCAACCACCAGAACAAGGAGGGAAGCACAGCCUUGCUCUAUGCAGGAUGGAAAGGUCACUCAGAGGUGGUGAAACUACUGCUAGGAGCUGGGGCCAGAGACAUUCCUAAUAAGUUUGGAAACACUGCUCUGAGCAAGGCCAGAGCCAACAACCACAAUGAUGUGGUACAGCAUCUACUGCAACACCAGCCAAAGUGAAAAGACUAGACUACAGCCACAGUUACAACUACGUUAGUGCACAAUACCUUUUUACGUGACUUUCUCGACACACAUUACUGUACUUUACUUAUCUUCUGUUUGUAAGCACAGAUUAUUAGCUACUUCAUCGAACAGCGACAACCUGCCCAUGCUAAUAGUAUAUAGCAAUACACCUGGAC